UUUUAGAAGGUCACCGCAUAACCCCUUGUUGCUGCCGCUUCCCGCUUGCCAUCUUCUCCACCAUGCUCUUAUCCUGCAAGUUUCCUCUGUCUCUCUCUUCUUCGAGUAACCGAAACCCAAGAAUCCGUUCUGAACUUCCAAAAUCACCUCUACAUCGAGCCUCCAUCACUCAAUUACCGAAAACCUUCAAUCAAAGAGCCUUGCUCGGCAUUCGGCCUUCGAUCUACUUCAUUGGAACUAGAGUUCAGUUUCCCGCUUGUAGGGAUUCCACUGAGCCCCGCGAUUCGGGAGUACCAGUUGGAGAAGAGGUGAAGAGGAGCGGAGAUGGCGGUGGCCGUGGAAACAAUUGGACGACUUCGGUUCUGCUCUUUGGGCUCUGGGCUGGGCUCAUGUACUACGUGUUCCGUCUUUCGCCUGACCAGACUCCGUAUAGGGAUGUGUAUUUUGUUCAGAAGCUCUUGUACCUGAAAGGUGAUGAUGGCUAUCAGAUGAAUGAAGUUCUCGUGGCUUUGUGGAACAUCAUGGGAUUAUGGCCGGUCGUUUAUAGCAUGCUGUUGCUUCCAACUGGUAGAAGCUCAAGCAGCAAGGUUCCUGUAUGGCCGUUCCUUCUUCUCUCUUUCUUUGGUGGUGCAUAUGCUCUUAUCCCAUAUUUUGUUCUUUGGAAGCCUCCACCACCGGCCAUUGGAGAAGAUGAAAUUAGAAAAUGGCCUUUGAAUUUCUUGGAAUCAAGGAUAACUGCAUCGUUUGUGGUUGCUGCAGGCUUAGGCUUGGUGGCAUAUGCUCUCUUAGCUAAUGGCGACGUGUGGGCGGAAUUCUACCAAUACUUCAGAGAAAGUAAAUUUAUUCAUGUUAUGAGCCUUGAUUUCUUGCUGCUCUCAUCCUUCGCACCGUUUUGGAUCUACAAUGACAUGACUGCUAGGAGAUGGUUAGAUAAAGGUUUGUGGCUUCUUCCAUUGUCACUCGUUCCUCUUUUGGGACCAGCAUUGUAUGUUGUUCUUCGACCACAGCUUGCAGAUUUACCUAGACGUGUCUUCCCAGACCCGAUCGAGAAAGAUUAGGCUAAACCGAGCAAAGUAAUUCUCUUUAAUUAACUUGUAGCUAUGAACGCUCGCUUCGUUUGGGACGGUUUUCUUAUUGCUUCUAAAAUUAGUUUUUUUAGUAUAAAAAUUAAAAUUUUUGCACUAAAAAAUUGCUUUAAGAAAUAAUAGAAAAGCCGUC